AUGAAUACUAAAGAGCCGCAAAAUAAUGAAUCCACUAAAAGAUAUCGCAUUAUAGAAGAAAGGCUCAAGGCCAUAGAAGGAUAUGAUACCCAUAACCUUGAUGUUUCGACUUUAUGUUUGGUCCCGGAUGUGGAAUUUCCCACAAAGUUCAGAAUGCCCGAUUUUGAGAAGUACAAGGGAGUAAGCUGUCCAAAAAUUCAUCUGACGAUGUAUAUUCGAAAAAUGACCACGUACUCACGCAAUGACAAGUUGCUCAUCCACUGUUUUCAAGACAGUCUUAGUGGAGCAUCACUUGAAUGGUAUACACAAUUCGAGAGAAAUCAUGUUCACACGUGGAAUGACCUAGCUUUGGCAUUUGUGAAGCAUUAUAAAUACAACAUUGAUACGGCCCCAAGCCGUACUCAGUUGCAAAACCUCACUCAGCAAAGCAACGAAUCAUUCAAAGAAUACGCCCGAAGAUGGAGAGAAUUGGCUGCUCGAGUACAACCACCAUUGUUGGAUAAAGAGCUGGUAGGUAUGUUUUUGAGCACCUUGCAAGGUGAAUACUAUGAAAAAAUGAUGUGCAAUGUAUCAUCAAACUUCACUGACUUACUAAUAGUUGGAGAACGCAUCGAGAGCGACAUCAAAAGUGGGAAAAUCCAAAGCACCUCGAGUAGCCAUGAUGAAUCGUUUAGCAAUUUUCAAAGGGAAGGAGAAAAUGAAAUGGAUGCAAUAUGGGAAACUCACCGAGAUCCACAAGCUUCGUCUCCUAUGCCUUAUUAUCAACAUCCGUAUGCAGCGGUUGUUCAAGGCCAACAACCACCCGCCGGUCUUCAACACCAACAGUCGCGGCGUGGACCACAAAACCGUAAAGUUAAGAUUCCACCUCAGCAUCAACGUCAGAAUCGGCAGUUUCGGAAUCCAAACCAUCAACAUCAACAUCAAAACCAACAGAGGUAUCCAAAUCACCAAGAAGAAGAAAUUCGUCAGUUUGACCCAAUUCCUAUGACAUACAGUCAAUUAUGGUCUUAUUUGGUCCGAAAUUCAUCAAUGACCCCUAGACAAACUAGAACUAUGAAGUCUUCAUUUCCUCCUUGGUACAACCAGAAUGUUCAAUGUGAGUUUCAUGAUGGAGUUGUGGGGCACUCGAUUGAAGAAUGCAACUCCUUCAAAGAAGUGGUACAAGAGCUGAUUGACAACAAACAAUUGACUUUUGGGGAAGAUUUUGAAGAGUCUGACUCCUUCUAA